CACGAAGCUGGCCAAAGCUGUUGUGUGUGUUCCGCGGGACUGUGUAUGUGUGUGUGUGCGCGGGCGCGGGUGUGUGCGUGAGUGCAUUGUGUAGGGAUCCCGGCCGACUCGCUCCUCCUACUCAUCUUUGGCACCUCCCCUUGGGCCCCCCUCUUUUUCGUAUUCCCUCUCGCCGUUUCUCCACCACCACCACCACCACCCCCCUCUCCAUUUUUGUGUUGUCUCUUUUUUUUGGUUUUUUGUUUUAAUCGCAACUGCGGAUUCUUGCGGAUUGCCCGGACUGGAAAAAGAGAGAGUCUCAGUCUCUCUGGCCGCUCGACAACUCUGCCGCGCUGUUUCUUCGUGUUGUUUUAGUUUUUAGUUUUAGUUGGUCUUCUUCUUCUUCUUCUGGUUCGGCCGAUUCCCGCAGACUGUGUUCUCGUGACUCUGUUGCGAAUGUGCCCAAUCGAACGUCAUCUGGGAAGUAGAAGACUCUUUGCCGCCUGCCGAACGACGACGACAAAGAAGAAGAAGUGCUGUGCUCUGCUGCUGCUCCGCUGCUGCUGCGAUCUGCCGGCUCACCGGAAGGCCAAUAAGCCGAGAUCUGCUGGGCGGCUCCUGCAGCUCCUCGUCGGCAACAAAGAAGAAGAAGCCGUUUGGCAAGUCGGGCCGGAUUCGCGGAUCGACCGGUGCCGUGUCACGGAUCGGAACCGAUUCGACGAUCCAAAAAAUCUUCGGCCAAGCAAGUCGACGUCGGUUCGGCAAGACGACAAGGACGACGGCCAUCACGGCAGCGACGACGUCGGUCAAUCACCCGCAUCCGAACCGAAACCUCCUCCGUGUUACCCGACAGCUCCUACUACUUUUGCCUACCGUCAACUUUAGCACGGGCAGUUGUCGGACGUCAUAUUUUUAGCAUCAUCGCCAUUAUUCCGCCAAUCUCCGCGUCCUUAGUGUCGUGUCUUUAUUACCCAUCCAUCCAUCCGCCGGUUUGAAAGGCCUCCUUCCCCCCCCCCCCCCCUUAUCGAUUCGCACACACUGAACCAACAAGGGACCAACUCUCCUCUCCCGUUACUACCCCAAAACCCCCCCUCGACCCAGUCCCCAAAAGAAAACGUCACGCCGGAUAAAAUUUGCUAUUUUGCCGUAUAUUCAAAUUUUGGGAGUCAGCAACAAGAGAGAAAAAGAAUAAUCGUCACAGUUGAGAACUCGACAACUUCUUUCCUGUCCUUUGUUUGUUUGCUACUGCUACCCGUCCGUCCAUCCGUUUCGUUCCAUUCCGCUCGUCGUCCCCGGCCAGCCGGCUGGCUGUAAAAUUCACACAUUCACCAUGUUUGGUGGUUCCGAUUCCAGUGACGGAGGCGGUGAUUUCGAUAGUAGAGACGUGUAUCACCAACAGCAGCAGCAGCAGCAUCAUCAUCGUCAUCAACGAAGCGGUCGAACUGAUCAACGGCCCACUCCCGGAGGCGGUGGUGUCGCUGGUGGUGGUGCUAGUAGUGCAGGAGCAGGAGGAGGUGGUGGUAGUAAUGUUGGCCGCGAUUACCAUCAUCCGCCGCGUGAGACUCGCCAUUUCCGCAGUGGCGGCGGCGGCGGCGGCGGCGGUAGUGGCGGCGCGGAUAGCGACAUUUCUGGGUUAGGAUCCGAUUUGGCAGUAGGGCCGGGCCAACCAGGUGAGCAGGAACUCGCUUCAAAAAUGCUUCAGAUCCAGUCCAAGAGGUUCUACCUGGACGUCAAACAGAACCGGCGCGGGAGAUUUAUCAAAGUAGCAGAGAUUGGCGCUGACGGCCGCCGUAGCCAAAUUUUCCUGGCGUUGUCAACAGCGGCCGAAUUCCGUGGCCACCUGUCGUCAUUUAGUGAUUUCUACGCUUCGCUCGGUAGUCCACCCAAUCCGGACAACCUGCCCGAGGAUGGGAAACUCAAGUCGGAAAUGAUGACAAAAGACAAUCGGCGUUACUAUCUGGACUUGAAAGAGAAUUCUCGUGGUCGAUUCCUUAGGGUGUCUCAAACGAUAGCUCGAGGAGGUCCUCGCUCGCAGAUCGCCAUCCCUGCCCAAGGAAUGAUUGAAUUUCGUGACGCACUCACUGACUUGCUCGAAGAAUUUGGCACCGACGAUGGAGGAUUCAAAGGUGAACUACCAGAAGGCAGACAUUUGCGUGUGGAAAACAAAAACUUUUACUUUGACAUCGGCCAGAAUAAUCGAGGCAUUUAUAUGCGUAUUUCGGAGGUCAAGACCAACUAUCGUACGGCUGUGACAAUUCCGGAAAAGUCUUGGUCACGUUUCCGUGACAUUUUCUCUGACUACGUGGACAAGAUGAAGGACGGUGGAAGUGGAGGUGCAACUGGAGGGGGAGGAGGAGGAGCUGCAGCCGUCACCCCGACUUCUUCUUCCGUCGCCGCCGAUAACUCACCAGGACCUUCUUCCGGCUCUCACAAGAAAUGAAGAUGGUCGAUUGUAAUAUCUCCAUUUUUUUUCUCCAGUCCCCCCCCCCCUCCCCUUUCGCUUCACACUUUUUAAACGAUUUUGUGAUCAAUUGAAAACUAUCCAUCAACCGUCUCUUGUUCUGGGAGAAAGAAAUUAAUCAACAGAAGAAAAAGAAAAUAAGAAAUGAAGGAAAAUUCUUGUCGAAUCAAUGAAAAGAAAAAGAAGAAAAUGGUCUUUGAACGUCGCCCUGAAAGAAAGAAAGAAAAAAGGAUGGCCCCGUAAUGGAAGAUUUUGAAUCCCUUCUUGCCUCGUAUAGGAUGGAAUCUCCAUUCGAAAAGAGACCCAGUGUUUAUUUUUGUUAUAAUUUUCAUUUUUUUCCUCCCUUCGUUUCUUUUCCCUAGAGUAACAACUGCUGCUUGUUGGUAGAUCAGGGGCAGUAUGUUUUUUUUUCAAAAUCUUAUGAAAAAAAAAAAAAAUCUCGUGGGUUCGAAAAUUUGUGGUGUCAGGCGAGAGAGAGAUAGAAUGCGUGAAUUCCCGUUUAUGUUGAAACAUUUUUCUUCUUUUUUUUU